UGAAUGAAUAGUGGCAUUGAAAAGCGCCUUGGGUUCUUUGAAAAGCGCUAUAUAAAUCCAAUCUAUUAUUAUCUCCCUCAGCAGCCUUUUCCUGCGUUACUUCUAACAAAAGGUGAACUGUUGAACUUUUAAUCUGAAUUUGAUAUCAGUGUCUCUGAUUUAUAUAUGCAUUAAAGGAGAAGUUGAUCACAAAUGUCUAACCUGUAAAGCAGUACUGUCUGGUUAAACAUCACAGUUUAUCUUACAGUUUCACUUCCUUGUCAUGGAUGAUUUCGUAAGAAACAAACUGGCUGAAUGGGGGCUAAGUGAGUGGGUGGAGAAAUUUAAAGAUGAACAAAUCGAUGCAGAAAGUCUGCGUGUCCUUGAUGAUCGAGAAAUUGAUAAUUUGAUCCCAAAAGCUGGACCAAGAGUGAAAUUCAAGAAGAACCUCAAGCUGUUAAAGGAAGAAGAAAACUCAAAUCGGGAAACAGUCAAUUCUGUUCAAUGUGAACAGGAGCAUGAAGAAGCAGCUGAUGUGGUUCAGGUCUUGCCAUCCACAAGUGAUACAGGAAAGAGAAAAUCAGACCUUCAAAGUGAUGCCAGCAGGUUGCAGUCACCAGCUAAGCGACAGUGUCAGUCUAUGCCAGGAUUUGAAGAAUCAAUCAUACUGUCUGAUGUGAAAAGCAUCAUGACAUUUGUACAUGCCAGACUAAAUGACCAAGACAAACUCAGUGCUUUCUUGAAGAAAAAGAUCAGUGAUUUGGAGACAGACAAGAGGGAGCUGGUUGGUGUCUUUGGUAAAACUGGGGCUGGAAAGAGCUCUUUGAUAAAUGCCAUCAUUGAAGAGAAGAAUCUUUUACCCUCAGGAAGCAUCAAUGCCUGCACCUCAGUCAUGAUCAAACUGGAAGCUAACACACGUAGCACAAAGUAUGAAGCAGAAAUUGAGUUCAUCACAAAGGAGGAGUGGAAAGAUGAGUUGUGGUCAUUUUGUCAGUUUCUUGACAAUAAUGAAGAUCAGGACAAGAAAGACGAUGAUUAUCGUGAUGCUGUUGAAAAGCUGACAGCACUUUAUGGAGAAGAAUGGAAAGAAAAGUCCUCUGAAAACCUCAUGGAGAACAAAUAUUUCAAAGAAAUCCCAGAAUUUCUCCAAUCCAGGCGAAAGAUUUUGAGAUGUGAAUCAGCUAAUGAACUUUCUGCAAAAUGUGUCAAGUACACACGAAGUGAUUCAAAACAAGGAGAAGGCAAUGAAGGAAAAAAGUGGUUUUGGCCACUAGUGAAGUGUGUGACUGUCAGGGUGCCAAACAAGUCUCUUCUCCAGCAUGUCACACUUGUGGACCUUCCUGGAAAUGGCGACUGUAACAAGAGCAGAGAUCAGAUGUGGAAAGGGAUAGUUGGAGAUUGUUCUACUGUGUGGAUUGUGACUGACAUUAAUCGAGCAGCAUGUGAGAAAGAGGCCUGGGAGAUCCUGGAAAGUGUCAGUAGUCUGAUUGGAAAUGGUGGCGAAUGUCAGCAAAUUCACUUUAUUUGCACCAAGUCGGAUCUUCUUGAUGAUUCUGAUGAUCUUUCACGAGCUCAUAUCCAUGAUCGAAUAGUAAUGAGAAACCUGCAAGCCAAGGAUGGAGUAAGGAAAGAAUUCAACAAGCGAAGCAAGAUUAAUAAACACUUCACUGACGGCAGUUUCAAAGUGUUCACAGUGAGCUCCAGAGAGUUCCUAAAAGGGAAGCAUCUAAGUCCAGAAGAGACUGAAAUACCCAAACUUCAGGGAUUUUUGCAAGAGCUCAAUGACUGUCACUCUGAGAUAGUAAACUAUGUGAGUGGAGCUUAUGGGAUUCUUGCUUUGAUUCAAGGAGCCAACUCCAGAGGAGUGGAUGAUAAAAAAGGUGAGGUGUGUUCAGAACUUGAGAGACACAUGAUCCUUCAACUAGCAAAUAUCAACAAAGAAAUGGAAGAGACCAUUACAGCCUUUGAAAAAUGUCUUAAUGAUGGCGUUGAGAAAUCCAAACGUUCAUACGGAGAAAAACUCAAGAACUUCUUGUAUCACGGAAAGAAGGGUGGUGCUUUUCACAGGGUACUGAAGUGUGUCGUUGAGAAUGGUGGCGUCCACAAACCAAAGAACAAGACCCUAAUUAACCUUAACAUGAUGUUGGCUUCAUGCCUGACUGACAGCAUUGAUGAAGAGUUCAGAAAGACCUUCCCAAAUGACUCAGAAUGUGGAGCAUUCAACGGAGUCAUCAAGAGUUUUUCUCUUAACACUGAUUCUCUGAUUGAAAAGUACAAAAAUACUGAACUGCAGCUUAGAUUUCUCAAGACAGAGGAAGAAAAAAUUAAGGCAAAACUGAACAGAAUGAUCCGGGAACAGAAGAAAAAAGUCUACAGCAGUCUGACAGAGACAAUUGAGAACAUUAUGGAAGAAGGCUACAAGAAGGCUGCAGAAUUUAGUGGAAAAGACACGCUGUACAACAUGAGGGAGACUAUUAAGAACCAUGUGCACUCAAAAAAGGACAUGUUUGAGCAGGCAAAAAAUACCAUGUUGGAGAAGUUACGCAGUUUAAGGAGAGACAUCCUUGAGAUUCUGGAGACUACUAUGAAGGAAUCCUUUGAACUUUCAUUCAAGACUGAUGGGAGCUCACUCCCAGAUGUUUCAACAGAGCUUGAUAUGGUGAAGAAACGUUAUGAUGAACUUCCAGGCACUCCAGAUGAUGAAGUGUCCCUUACUGGGUAACUCCUAAUAUGUUAUCAAUGAGUUGCUGACCAGGUAGUAACUGCAGAAGCCUGGACACAAACAGGUCUUACCAGAGGAAGUGCUGUUUAAAACAAAGAAAACAUCCGAUUUGGUCUCAAUCCUUUUCAGUUGUUUUUAUUUGGUCUUUGGUGACAUUUGACUUUGAUUUUGUGAAUGUCAUAAGUGAUUCUGGAUUUUUAUUUCUGUAAGACAUUUGUCUCUUUUAAUGUUUUAAAUCUUGAGGCUAGCAGAGAAGUUGGAGGAAAAACUGAAAGAGAUUCACAUCACUCUACAUAUAUGUUUUGAUCUACUUUAAUGCUUUUAUUUCAUGAGUUUAGUUAUGGUUCAUUCAGAUGACAAUGACAAUUAUAUAGUACAUUUCAGUACAUGUAAAAUCAGUCUACUUAUCACAGAAGGUAAAAACAUGGCAACACUUUAUAAUACAGCCCACAACUAACGCGUAAUUCCCCUGUAAUUAAAAGGAACAUCAAUGUAUUUUAUCUAAAAUUACAAUUAAAACUGUAAUUGUAUUUACCUACAAAUAUUUAAAGGUAACAAGUCAUCCAGACCAUUGAUUUAAGAUUUUUAUUAUGAGAUAAUAGUUUUUCAUCUCAACCUUUCACACACAAAUAUGUGUUUUUGACAGGUUUUCAUACAUUAGAGCCACAGCAGAGGGUGCGUUUUCUUAAAAACAAUAUCUGAAUUAGGAUAAGAUGGAUUUGUGUAUGAAAAACACAACUAGUCAUAAAUUUAUUUGUAAAACUUAAAGUUUCUGGGGUUUUUUUCCAAGUACACAUUCACACUUCUUGUCAUGCUCUUUUAAUUGUUGCUUUCUUGUUCCCUACAAUCUUUCUGACCUGUCAUCUAUGUUUAUUCUUCACAAAGAAUAUUAUUAUAUGAACAUAGUUUUGGUAGUAGUAUCAGUGGACUCUGUUGUGAUAUUUUGACAACAUAGUGUGCUGUUGACAGAAUUUGAGUUUGUCUAAGGUGCACCUCUGUCACACCUAACAGCCAUUGUUGUUGUUGCAGGUCUUUCCAAGUAUCCUGUGCCAUUUGAGUCCCCACAAAAGAACUGAGUGUAUUUUGUAUGAAAAUAUAUUAUCACAUUAUUUCUAAAAGCGUGUCUUACAAUCUGAAUCCCCAAUUUACCUUAGAAAUCAAUUAUACUUUUGUUUGGGUUUUUAAUGCAAUGCAAUAUCCUGAAAUGCCAUGUCCAGUCAUUUUUGUUCAAGUUCAGUUUUUAAAAUAUAAGUAAUAAAAAUUAAAAACAGUUGUACACCCUUACUCAUAAUAUUAUAACCAGAUGUUAUUUUAAUUCUGUGAAUACAUUUUCAAUGCUUAAAGUCUUUGAUAUAAGUCCCUGAAUUGGCUGUAACCCCCAUUACUCUUACUCUUAGGGGCAUUGUUUUUUUGUUGUUGUUAUUUUUGUUUGUUUUCUUUUCUUUUUUUUAAAGGAAAAUCAUCUUUUUUUAAAGAACCAGAAUAAAUAUCAGUCUUUCAUCAACAUUUUCUUCCAUUUUUCUGAAUGAU